AUGCGGAUUGCCUUAGCAGGUGGAGGUGGCCUUGGGUGCCUCCUGGCCUCGCAGAUAUCGCGAGCAAUGAGUGCCCACAACGUCCUUGUUUUAUCCAGAACUCCGAAACCCAUAUACGAGUCCCUGGACAUCCAGGUCCAGAUCGUGGACUAUUAUAACCCUGAAAGCUUGCGAUACGCACUCCGGGGAGUUGACCUGGUCAUUUCAACCGUCUCCGGGAGAGAACAGAUCAAUCUCAUCCUGGCUGCCGGCGAGGGCACGGUCCGUCACUUCGUCCCUGCCGAGUUCGAAGGCAAGCUGUGGCAACGACCGCCCUGGGACGGCUCGACGGCCGGCGGAUCAGCCCAUGCUUUGGCACUGCUGCAGACCUUUGAGAAUCGGAACCUGAUGAAGCACACCGUCUUCUCCUGCGGCGUGCUCAUGGAGAUCUUCCACCCGCUGGGCCUGGGGAGCUUUGGCAUGGGCUUCCGCACCGGCGUGAGCACGAACGGCAGCUACUUGCUCAACAUCCCCGAAGCCACGGCCGAGUACGCCGGCCAGAACGCUCAGGGCCAGCCCCCGAGCAGUAUAUGCCUAACAUCAGUCUACGACCUUGUUCACUUUGUCGUCCUGGCGCUGGAGCUGGGACUGGACGCCUGGCCUCGGGAAUUCACCCUUCGCGGAGAUCGUCUGUCCGUCCAAGAACUCGUGCAGACGUAUGGCUUUGCACGCAACGUGACAUUCAGCUACGUCGCUCGGGAUUACUCCAGCGCCCAGUUUUUUCUGACCUAUUAUUCUCAGAGCCAAGACGAGGUGAAGGCCAGCUACUAUCGGCGGCUCAUGGCCACGGCAGAUGGGCGAUACGACUUCCAGGAGGCCACACUCAACGAGACCCUCCAGAACAACCACAUGAUGGAUUUCGUCCCCAUGACUUUUGCGCAAUGGCUCGAGAAGAUCUAG